AUAAGACAACCUCCGAAAAUAAGCCCUAGUUAAAAUAAUGUGACAAAAAGAAUUCGUUAAAAAAUGCUGUUGAUUUAUUAAGUAUAAGUAAUAAUAUGUUUAGCUUUCCUUUCGUGAUUCUUUUCUCUUUCUUUAAGAAACCAAUUGUACAAUUUUUCUUCUAAAACACACGAUAUAUUGAAUGUGCUUUAAAGUACAAAAUAAGGGAUUUCCCCGAGCGGCACUUGUACGCACCAUCGAAGGUCCACGCUGUUCACACUACGGAACAGAGGGUAUACGGCGUUCAACGUAAAUAAUUUCAGUCUUUUAAAAUGAGUACAAAACGAAAGAGCUAUUCCGUCGAGUACAAAAAGGGAAUCGUGGAAGACUCCAGGGGUGUAAAUCUUGUAGCAUUCUGUAAAGAGAAGAUGCUGGAUCUCCGUAUGGUUCGUAAAUGGCGUGCAGACUACGAUUACCUGUGUCAACUGGUGGACCAAGGAAAUGAGAAAAAACGCAGAGUUGGAUCAGGUCGGCAGUCGUUAUUUUCUGAGUUGGAAGAUUGCAUCUGGGAAUGGAUUGCAGGCAGGAGAGCAAUGGCUUUGGUUGUGCGCAGGGCUGAUAUUCAAAAAUUUGCCCUUGAAACAGCAAUUGAAUUUGAUAUAUCCACAGAAGAAUUUAAAGCAUCGUCACACUGGUUGGACAACUUCCUUAAACGAUAUGAACUGUCUCUAAGGAGAUCAACAACAUUGUUUAAGCUGGAAGACAAUGAAGUUGUUAAGCGUGCACUUGCGUUUAAGCUUUUUGUUGAUGGCAUCGAUUUUUCGAAAUACCAACUCUCCAACAUGAUUGCUAUGGAUGAGACCGCGGUAUUCCUAGGCCAAGGAGCUCAAACGACAGUUCACCACAAGGCUUCUUCGUCAAUUUACGUUCCUUCUACCGGUUACGAUAGUGCACGUGUUACCUGUAUUUUGGCGAUUCGUCUAGAUGGCAAGAAAGUAUCGCCAUUUUUAAUCACUAAAGGUAAAAAAGACCAGAUUCAACGUGUUUCAGGAAUUUAUGUCAUUGAAAGUGAAAAAGCCUGGUGCACCCAAGCAGUUAUAAGAAAGUGGGUUGAUUUUAUGCUGCCACCACUGUUGAGGGGUCAGAAUAGAGGUUUACUAGUUUGGGAUUCAGCCAGUACUCACCGCGCUAAAGACAUGAAAAACUUUCUUGCUGAGAGGAAGAUUGAUCAAAUAAUGAUUCCGAUUGAUGAAUUGAUUGAUUGUGUUCAACAUUCAACACAUAAUAAAUUAGAAAAAAGUACUCUUGAUAGCGUUUUUACCACAUUAAAAUAUGUAUGGAAUCCUCAAUAAAAUUUCUCAUAUAAAUAAGGCAAAACAGUGGUAUUAAAGCUUGUAUCAAUAUCGCGCCUUUCCAAAUAUUGUUUCCAUCUUUUAUACUUGGCUAAUAGAUCGAAUAAGCAGAGUCUGCCUACUAAUAAACGUCGAAUUGUUCAGCCAACUCAUAAGCUCAAAAAAACAGAGCUCAAGAAGCAGAGUGAUAAGGAAAAGUUACAUUUUGGGAACUUUAAUAAAACAAAUUAGCAAAAAAAGCAGAUCCUAAAAUGUACAGGUUGCAUGUACACAUGCGUUAAACAAAGAAUUAUUCUAGUUCUCUGGUAAUCAUUCUUGGUAAAACGCUUGCAUACCUAUCCAUAGCACAGCCAUAAAAGACUGGUUCCUAACAAUAUUUCACAAAUAUGAAAUUAUUAAAACUUUUCAGCAGCAUAUUGUAGAAAUAAUACACAAAUUUAUGUUGGACCUAAACAUGAUAGACCUACUGAAGGAAGUUCCAUUGAAUAUCAGGCGAAAUAUUUAUUAUCAAUGUAAUGGCCCCAUUUUAGUAGAGCUGAAGCAAACCGUAUGUAUUCGGUACUGAGUAACGGGUAUGCCACCUAGUACCGAGAUACGAAACGUUACUCGCAAAUGCAUUUCGUUUCGUUACUCGUAUCCACUCGUAUCUGUCGUAUCCCUCGGUACCUAGUACCUAGCUUCACUGUUAUUAUCUGUUAUAGGUUAUGCACUUGCGUGAAUGUGUUCCAUUGACGUAUAACGUUACUUAAACGUUAUCGGUGAAUUUAAAAACGUUUGUAACAAUGUUUGAAAUUGGAAUAAAAACAAGGUAAGAAAAUAUUUUAUAUACAUUAUAAAUAUGUACCUAUGUUUUUGUUUUUUAAUAUCGCAUAUUUUCAA